CCGAGCCGUCUCAAUCCUAUCAGCACUACCUGUUCCUCCAGUCGCGGACCCACCCUCGCCCAACAUGGUCGCCUACGCACUCCUAUUCGUUCCUGUGCUCCUGGUAGCUUCGGAGCAUUCUGGAGCGUACUCCUCGCCUCAGUAUGCUAAGAAAAUGUAUCCGAAGUUUGACAGUUUUGAUACGAACGCGUUGUUGCCUAAUGAGAAGCCUCCGAUACCGUUCAAGAGGCAGAUUGAUCGAUAUGAUAGUGAUGGGAACGAUACGGCUCAGUACGGAAGGUCGUCGUUCUUGAGUUCGGCGGGGAGCUUCCUGAGUGGUGCUGGGGGGCAGGCCCUCACGAAUUUAGCGAAGGAGUUUGUGGGGCGGUCGACGGGUAGCAGCCAGGUUGGUUUUGACUGCGUCUCGCAGGUCCUCAGCUUGAACCUGACAAACCUGGUGAUCCUGAUCGUGCUGAAGGCGUUGAUCCUUGCUGCUGGGUUCUUCGGCGCCGGAGCGUGGAAAGGCGGCCAUCACUACGCCAGGAGUCUCGAUGAUAACACAAACGCUUCAUACAUCACGGAAGACGAAAUCAUGCUGUACCUGAGCUACCUUGCUGGGCAACAGAGUAGAGAUUACGGCUGCCUGUACCGCCUCUCGUGCAAGAAGCCUCAGCAAGCUGCUCUUUAUUCAUCAGGAGCUGAGAUUCUGCUGCAGGGAGCAAGAUUGCUGCAAGGGAACAGCAUCGAAUUGGAACCAUACGAAGAGGUGUCAAAGGGCAUCAAGGAAGCAUCAGCCUGGGGCGAGGAAGGCAUGAACUGCGACACUCGUUACCAAUGUGAAGAAAUAAAUGGAUAACCAAACAAAUAGACCUAUUAAUUAAUAAUAUAGUCUGACAUACCUGGUUGGACAGUAGAAAAGGCAGCCUGUUUGACAAAUGUACAAAGUUGAAUUUUUUUUUUCCUACAAACAAACUGACACACAAUGAUAUCUUCUUCCAAAACCCUGCAAAACAAUUGUCUGACCAAAAUUACAGUCUUGGUAAUUCUAAGUAAUCAGGGAAAGAGAAUAUCAUAAGUAUCUUACCUUAUUUAUAAGUCAGUAUUUUGUAAAUAAAUAUUAUGUACCUACUUAUAUUCACGUACCUAAAU